AUGGCUCAGGAGUCUCGAGAUAUUCAGACUUGGUCUUCUACGGAUAUCAUCAAUACCCGGAGGCGUUUUCGGGCGCAGGCGUAUGAGGAGAAAAUCGCAUUAACAAAAGAUGAACCCAUUCCGAUUUCAGAGAAAUUGGUGGCGCUACUUUUUGAUAAAAACGUUCCGCCACAAAAGCACCCUUCACCUGAAAAUACGGACGGCGAGGAAUCCGACGCUUCUGGGUCUUUGGACACUGAACCAGACCCUCCGUCAACACCUCCCCCUUCGUCUAGGCUGAGGAAUAGGACAGCCAACAACCCAGCGCCGUCCAGACACAGACUUCCAGGCUCAGGGGAAAGAGCACACUCGCCAACCGCAUCGACUAUAUCGGCGUCAUCCAAGAUGAAGGGGAAAGAGAGGGAAGCACCAAGAACAUCCGCUGGCGAAGACGGGGCCACUCGGUUACUCCUACACAGGUCCACAAGGCGAGACGGUUCUCUCAACAUCCGAGAACUUUCUGCAUCAAUACGUUCUCCCCAUUCAAGAAUUAUCGGAGCCUCUCAUUCUUUCGAGGUCGUCACCAGCGCUAGACCUGCUCGACUCGUCUCAAUUGCGCGACCUUUGGCUACCCAGACCCCGGCCUCCAAGCAAAAGCGAUGGCUUUCACAGCACGAAAUUCUGCAACGACAUUGGACCCUUGAAGCAGCAAAAGCAGAAGCAGCUCCCAUCACGUUCGUUAAUCAAGUCGACGAUGAAGAAACGCCCGAGCUAGCCAAGGAUUUCAUGUAUCUGGAAAGGGAAUACGUUCACGGUGCGGGCACCCCCGACGUUGACGACACACUGCUCACCAUCUGCACCUGCAGAACGUGCACCCACCCAUCUGUGUGUGGUUUCCAGGCUGAUUCCGAAGUCAAGAGGGCCAAGCAAAACGGGGAAGAGGUUCAAGUGUUCACUCAUUCCUUCAAGGAUUUAUUCACCUUCAACGUGGAAAGUCAUGUCGCUGUUAGCGAGUGCAACAGGCUCUGCCGCUGCGAUAUUAGCUGUAUAAAUCGCACAGCCCAGCGUCCUCGUCAAGUCCCUAUUGAGGUGCUCAAGACAGAAAGGUGUGGCUGGGGUGUUCGCUCGUCGACUGAUAUGGAGCGGGGGAAGGUUAUUGGGCUGUAUACAGGGCCUCGGACUGUAGCCAACAAGUCAUCGGACCAGUCAUUUAUCUUUGCGUUGGAUUUCACAGAAGACGGGAGCGAACCUGAGGAAGGGACUUACAGCGUUGAUUCAACAUUGUAUGGAAACUGGACGCGUUUCUUGAAGUGAGUGUUCAUGCACUCUGGGACCAAACACGGAUAGACAAACAUGUUCCCAAUCAUUCCUGUGAUCUGACGCUGCAGAUAUAUCAAGUCGUUUAUGACACCAUCUUUGAGAUGAGGACACCUUAUGUUGCCUUUGUGGCAGAGAAGAAAAUAUUCGCCGGCACCGAGUUCACGUUUGACUACUGCCCGUCGACAGCUGUCAAGAAGCGCAAGAGGGGGAAUCGGUGCAUGUGUGGAGCAUCAAAUUGUCGUGGAUGGUUGGCUUGAGAUUUUCUUGACACUUUUUUUUUCAUUAUUGGCCAGACGCUUGAUUGUUGUAUUAUGUGUAUAGGGGGGUAACUGUUGUAUGUUCAUAACUCGUGUACAGAUAUAAAAGACA